AACGUAUAUCUGCGCUUGCGCAUGAACGAGAAAUCGAAAAAAAGAAACGCGUUGACUUUUAGCCUAACGACUUAACGACCGUACCGUGACCAACCAUGACCGUACAUCAUUCCUUCUUCGUCAUCUGAUAUCUGCAUUCAGCAAUCUCGGGAUUCAAAGAUUUUAUUCAUCUUUAUCCUCUGCGAGGUGUAAACGAUCGUUGUCUGUAUCCAAAAACACCUCAUUUUUUCGGAUCUGGUUGUUUUCCGCGUUUAUCCCAUAAAAGUGUUGAGGCGAAUUAUUCUCGAACCAUUCUUCAUAGACGGGAUCGUUACAAAUUGUGCUGUGCAUUUUUUACGAGUCUGACGAGCUGAAAAGUUAUUUUUCAUCCACGAAAACACGAAGGAGAAGAACAAGGAUUCCGAGCCAUACCUCGGUAACCAGAUCAAUUGGGAGCUCGAUCUCAUGAAAAAAUGUCCAGCGUAUCAAAAUGUCGGAGGGUAAAGAGACCAACUAUUUUAGCCAAACGGUCGGCAUUGGCAAAAAAAUCGUUUUAUAACAAAAGAUCAUACAAGCCGCUAUAUGAAAAAGUCAAAGGGAACAACAAUGCGCUGGCAAAGUCCCUUUCGAAGGAGAAACAGGAGAAUCAAUAUCUCUUCACUGAAAACUUAGCGUUAAAGAGCCAAACCCAAGAGUUGACUUUGGCUCUGAACAGACGUGAUGACAUAAUAACCGGAGUUUUAAAAAAUGCAAAGGACACGUUGGGGCUUUUAGUGACAGCAACAAAUUAUCUAACUAACACGAUAGCUUCUUGCCAGCAAGUUAUCAAUACGCCCAAAUUUACACCGAGGAAAUCUACAAGCAGAGACUCGAAUCGACGACUGUCCGACAAAUCACCAGCUCGUGGUGUCGUCCAGCCUAUGGUAGGCGGUCACACAAUAACAAAACCAACAAUUAACUUGAGCAGGCUCAACAUGCAAAGAGAAUACAGAGACAGAAAUCGCCCAAAUUUGAGUGAUAUCGAAGAGUCUGCAACUACUCCAGAACAAAGUCCUGUCAGUCAACGUUCUGUCGGUCAGCGCUCUGCCUCUCCAGGACAAGUGCCGAUUCACAGAGCUUUAAAUUGUGAUACUAGACGCGUUAAUCGAAUGCCAGAACGUCUCCGACGCACUCUUCGAACAAGUGACGAAAGCCCUCGUCGCUCGAGCGGUCGGGGACUUAGAAACUCAUCGGGUCGUCGUUCGAUCCGACGUUCUCGAGAGGUGUCCGGAGUGUCGUCACCACACAUAAACAAUGAUGAAAGCCUCAGAAGUCCCAGAGUCUCACUUCACGAUGUUUCACGACUCUUACACAACGCCCAAAGCGUCAACAUUCGAACGUUAUUGGAGGCAUCAAACGAAAUGGAGCUGUCAAAUUCCGGAGUGUCUGCAGAAAGUCUUCCCACCGAGAAGCAUCACGGUUCACCGAGUGAGGCGAAUCCGCCUGGUUUGUUUGAGACUCCACCUCCGAGUUCGGCGUUGAAAGCCAAAAGUGAUUCGUCAGCAAGACGAGAUGCGGAGGAUCCUUUGGAGGGCCCAAGCUGGCUCUUGGAUGACUCUGAAGUCGCACGGCCAUUGACAUCAGCAGCGAACAAAACAGCUGCAUCAGCAAGUGCGAACGAAACACGUUUGAUGAACGAUAGUUUUGAGGAAACCGAUACGGUUAGUUCGGCUGGAACUUUGCCGUAUCGGUACUCGAGUGAUUAUCGAGAUUGGAACGAGGACGAUAUGCGCACGGAUUCAAACUUGCCGAUCUUCGUGACGCGAAAGCGUGGCAGUCGUUGCGACGACACAGAUGACUUUACGCUGAUGUUUCGGAAACCAGCACCUAAAAAUUACAAUUUCGAUUUGAACGAUCUUGAAUUGCCGGUGAUUGAAAGUCCGAUCGUUAAAGCAUCGGUAUCUCGAGUCCCUGAGCCGGAAUUGACAGCGAAUAUUCAAACGGUCCAGACUCAAAACUUUGCCAACUUGACUUCACUCUGUCGGCCCACCGUUGAUCCAGAUGAAGAAACAAUGUACUUGCAUCCCAUGGAGCCACCACUCUUGUCUGACAAUUCUGAUAUUUCGUUAUCUACAGUGGUUGCCCAAAACGAAAGAUCGGACGACGACGAUGGUGGCGAUAGCUCGAGGUUCGUUGGACAUCGCAAGCGGCCGCAAAAAAAGACUCACAGUCCCGUUAUCGAUUCUCUCAGCGAAUCCGAACACUCUCCAAGCCCAAAACGUAACAAGUCUAAAACCAAACGGAAACUCAAAACCAAAGAUCCCAGUUCUGCCAAAGUCGUGCUUUUGAAGCUCAAGGACAAUCGAUUUGGAAAAUCGACGGUUUCGCCUGAGACACGAACUUCUGAGGAUUAUCGAAAUGUAGAGCAUUCGGCAACGAACCCUGAUCCGUCGAGUGACUCUGAAAUGAGCAACGCGAGCUCGACGAAGCUCGCAGCAGCGAGCGCCGGAGUUCAAGCACGUCCGAGACGUCAGAAAGCGCCAAAAAACUUGCAGGAGCCAAGUUUAGGGAAAAAACUGAGAAGACACUGAAUUUGUCAUCGGUACAGGGAGCCACCGACAUUGGAAAUCAUGUUUAAAGCUAUCACGGGCACCAGUUGUUUCGUAUGUUCGUAAAGAAAAACAAUAACUAAAAAUCGUUACGCGCUUCCACCACGCAGAUUCGUACCUCAAUUGACUUUGAUUAUCGUUCUCAUUACGUUGUUCUAUGUUGAGUUUUUUUUCUUUAGUUUGCGCGACAAGCGUGGGAAAACAGACACGAGAAUAUGUGCUUUUUUUACACAGUGAAUUAUCCAAAAUGAAAGGAUAAAUUAUCGAAAAUCGUAACGCGCUUCCACGCUGAUUCCUAAUUCAAUUCGUCUCUACUCCACUUUUCUUUGCGUUCUUUUUUACUUCAUUAUGUUUUAUGUUCGUCACACAUGUAGAACGUGAAAUAACACACACGAAAAUACCUGAAAUACACAUUGACGCAGUAUUCCUAUUUGCGGAGCUCAUCGUGAGUUUCUCUCAAAUAAUAAAUCAAUAAAUCAAGUGAUUAAGCAAUAAAUAUUACGUCACAAGGUUGACGCAUGAUCUUUACACGAAAUGAGUUUUUCGAGAUGAGGCCAUCGAAAAAGAUACAAUUUCACUUACAGAGUUGUAAUUUACGUCGUUUCCAGUCCUAUUUUUUUCUAUUAUUCGAGUACCUUUGUCGUCGCGAAAAGCAGAGUUUUUAUUUGCAUUUGGUCCUCGAAACAUUCGUUACUGGCUACACGUUCGAGAAAAAAUAGUCAAAAUUCGUGCUGCAGCAUUGAAAAAACGCAUUUUUGUCUAAUCUCCUGUGUAAAUCGCUUUAUACCCUCAAUUCACUAAAGAAUCAGUUUUUUUCAAAAUUUCAUGGUUUAUUCAAAAAUUGUUUGCAUCGUGUUUGCCUCAAGGGAUGAAAUGAGUGCUUGAUGGUGAAUCGAACGUAUAUAGGAAAAUAUUCUGCAUCGAUCGCCAUCCCAUGUUCACACGUUGCAAUAAUUUUCGGCUCUAUUUAACGUGGCUUGACAUACAACGCAGUUUUUCAAUAUGCUGUUUGCAAAAUCGAUUAAAAAUUCGUCUGCCUAGAAACACGAAAUGUGCCCAAAUUUUUUUUUCCAUAUACUCGUCAAAGAGAAAAGCUCCCACGCGAGAAUUGCGACCUAAAAGUCCAAAUCAUGCUUCGAUGGGAAACAACCCUCCUUUUAGGACCAAUUAAAAAAAAAAAAAAACAGAAAUUCACUGAAACUGGAAUAGUAAAUGGGAAAAUUAAAUACAGCUGAAACGAGUUUUGUUUGCAAUAAAAAUGAAAAAAGUUGGGAGACCGUGAGUACAA